CACCACACCGGAUGAGCUGUCGUUGCUGCGGUUACAGAGCAGAACUUCCGCACUGCUUCCUUGUUUAUUACUUUUAGGGAUAGUUGGAGCUUUAGAAGUGAAUCAAGUUUAUUUUUCGUACUCUGGAUACGCCGACGACUCUUCCACAACAUUUCCGAGUCUACGGUAAUUUGAACUGCUCGCACAGAGAAAGCGGACCAGGAUCUGAGUUUCACCGCUGAACCAGUUUGAGUUUAGUUUCUGGUCUGAAUGGCCACAGCUGCAGAGGAGCCUCCAGGGCUGCAGGGCCACACUGGAAAUUCAACUGGAACUCGGAAAAAUGUUUCUCCAGAGAGUCCAGGCACUAGCACCUCUCAAACCAUGAAAAAAACAAUCGGCCAUCGUGGAAUCGAUCCCACUGGGGAGACCACGUACAAGAAGACAACCUCCUCGGCCCUGAAAGGUGCUAUCCAGUUAGGCAUCACUCACACGGUGGGCAGCUUAAGUCAGAAACCUGAGAGAGACGUGCUGCUGCAGGACUUUGAAGUGGUGGAAAGCAUCUUUUUCCCCAGUGAGGGCAGCAACUUGACACCAGCACACCAUUAUGGAGACUUCAGGUUCAAGACAUACGCCCCAAUCGCCUUCCGCUACUUCAGGGAGAUGUUUGCCAUCCGGCCUGAUGACUACAUGUAUUCUCUGUGUAAUGAAUCGCUGAUCGAGCUGUCAAACUCUGGAGCCAGCGGGUCUCUCUUCUACGUCUCCAGCGAUGAUGAAUACAUCAUUAAGACUGUGCAGCACAAAGAGGCAGAAUUUCUGCAGAAACUGCUUCCAGGAUACUUCAUGAACCUGAACCAGAACAAGCGGACCUCAUUACCAAAGUUUUAUGGACUCUACUGUGUCCAGGCAGCGGGUAAAAACAUCCGUAUUGUAGUCAUGAACAAUCUGCUCCCAAGCGCUGUGCGAAUGCAUCUAAAGUUUGAUCUAAAGGGCUCCACCUAUAAGCGCCAGGCCUCAGCUAAAGAGAGAGACAAGGCCGUACCCACGUACAAGGACCUGGAUUUCAUGCAGGUUAUGCCUGAUGGGCUGUUACUGGAGGGGGACAAGUACAAUGCUGUUUGCAAGACCAUCCAGAGAGACUGCCUGCUCUUGCAGAGUUUCAAGAUUAUGGACUACAGCCUUCUGGUGGGAAUUCACAACUUAGACCUGGCCUGUCGAGAGAAGGCCGGCGAGGAGGCGGUGGCAGGGGCCGCGGACCAGAGGAGGCCACAAGGCCAGAAGUCCUUGUACAGUACUGCUAUAGAGUCCAUCCAGGCAGAGGCGGGGAGCAUGGGACCACUGGACACAGGGGACCAAACGGGAGGAAUUCCAGCACGAAACUUAAGAGGAGAGAGGCUGCUGGUGUACAUCGGCAUUAUUGACAUCCUACAGUCUUAUAGAUUAGUCAAGAAGCUUGAACACUCAUGGAAAGCCCUCAUUCACGAUGGGGAUACUGUAUCAGUACACAGACCGAGCUUCUAUGCAGAACGAUUUCAAAAGUUCAUGUGCACUACGGUCUUCAGGAAGAUCUCAUUAAAGACCUCCCCAUCUAAGAAGCGCCGUUCAAUGGCCCAUGGUCCGUCAAAAAAGGCAGGCAGCGCUGGGCCUUCUCUGUCAGCAGCAACCAGCAGCAAUAACCAGCAUCCUGCACUCCAGAGUCAAGUCAACUCCGAGACCAAAGAAGACAGUGAGGGAGACAAUGUCAUGCAGUCAGGUCGUCCUGACCUCCUCCCAACGACCUUGCCACUGAGCAACACAGCUGAAACCGCUGUCUCCACCUCCUUGGGAAACUCAGAACUUGCUCCCACAAGUCAGUCUCCGCCUCACUCUCUGGAUUUGAAUAACGCACAUAGCAAAGACCAGGAGCCUGGCGCCCCCAAGAGAGCUCAGUUUGGGACCCUUGAAGAAAGCAUCGGUAGUGAGGAUGUAAUCUCACUCAGUGACAUUGUUCCUAAUGCAAGCAAAUGUUCUGUGUAGAUGUGGGAAAGCGAAGUGGACUCAAAUGAACGAAACAAAGGGAGGAUGUUUGGAGGAAGGAUGAAAUGUUACACCGCUCCCUUGGUGUGAUACGAGGUACAAAAAAUUGAAACACCAAGUGGGAUAUUAACUGUUUUUUUUGUUUUGUUUGUUAUUUCUGCACUUUUGAUUUCCAAAUCUCAACAUAGUAAGUGGAUGGUUGUGUUCUGACACUAGUUAUAGAUGGGUACAUUGAUGCUGUGGUUGAUGAACACUAUUAUUCAUCUGUGAGAUAUGAUUUUAUGCACAACCAAAGAUUCUUCUUGGCAGUGAUGUGCUCAACUAAGCCAGCAUUCGGUGUAACAGAGUGUCUUUAUUACCAUUCUUUGGAUUGGGAACACAUUUUUUAAUAAAAUUAUGUUGUUUUUUUUUUAAAUUGACUGUAGUCCUACAUGGUAAACCUCUGUUGUUGUUUUUUUGGCUUACUCUGAAUGCAAAUUAUGCUGGAAAAAAGAGGUGAUCCUCAGCUUGUUGCUAUUUAAACAGCUGUUGUAAUGGACCUGUAUUAUUUCAGAGACUGUGAAUCCAAAAUGUCACCUCUCAUAUCCAGGUCAAAGGAUGGUUUUUAAUGGAGGUUUUUUUUUUAAUGUUUAUACACUCCACAAUCUGUUAUCAUUUUCAGGUUUAGUGUGUAGACUGGACCACGACCGACAGUGUCAACUGAUUGCUUUUGAUCUGGGGUCUGUCUCACAAAGCAAGAUUAGCGAGUUAGCAAGUUAACUCUUUUUUUUGAUGUCACAAAGAUGGAGUUCAAACUGAGUUAUGUUGCCAUGACAACUGAUACAACAGACCAAACAUACACGCCUUAAUUUUUUCCCACUUGCAUUCCACAAAGACCUGCCCUACUCCGCCUCUGAUCGGCUUGUACUUGUUGCCUUCAUUGGUUAGGUUGGUUAGGUUUAGGCAUAAAGAGUGAGAUGGUUAGAGUAAGAAUAUCAGGGUCAGAGCCAAUCAGAGGCAGAGUCGGAGUGGGUCUUCGCGAAAUGUGGGUGGGGGAAAAAAAUAACACAACCUACACAGGAGCUUUUGGAAAAUUAUAUAUGAAAUAACCACGUCAUCGCUAAUAAGUUGUGAGGGAGACUGAGUCAAUAUUUCUACAGGAUCCAAAUAAACAAAACCACAAGUGUCAAAGAGAACAGAGCAACAUGUUUACUAAUCGGUACAAUCACGUAAUUUUUCAUUACAAUUUAUUAUAUUAAAAAUGGCAAUGGAGUUAAUGUUUGCAGCGUGACAGGGCUUCUAACAAACAAAUAAUGAUAAAUAAAAUUUAUUGCUGCAUAGUCGUCCUGUUGGUUCAGUGCAGACAUAUCUAUUUACGCACAUUUCUCUCACUGUGGCUGUGGAGAACAUGAAAUGACUUUGUAAAUAAGAAGCAUUUCUUAAUUAUUAAUUCUUGACCCAAUGAUAUGAUACUGUCAUAUCAAGGCGUGUCAUUGUCGUAGUCGAUGUCAUUGAUGCAAAGCAUCUGAAACCAGCUCCCACUAAUAUAUCAUACGAUUACAGAGCUGCACCACUCACAGUCUCAGAUCUGCAGUUCUGGACCUGCAGGUUCAGUUCAAUUCCACACUGCUCUAAGGAAAAAGUAGUAACAGCAGCACUUUAGACCUACAGAUGUAGACAUGCUGAGUUUCACCAUGCACAGGAAAGAAACGUAACUUUUUCUGCAACUUUAACACAGGUAUCAUCUAAAGCCAGUGAGUGUUAAAACAGUAUUUUUCGGAUAGUGUUUUAUAUGUGAGUGAGUGUAUGUGUUUGCUAUUUUAUAUUUUUGUUUUAACCGCACAAAUUGAGUUUUGUCAACUGGAGCAUUAAUUGUAGGAUAGUGUAAAGACUUAAUGUUGUUCUCUGUCCUCCUGGUUGCUACAGAGAGGGGAGUCCCAAGCAAACUUUAUUUGUUUAGUGUGGGAUGUGCAGACCAAAAGAAGGUUGACCGAGUUUUGACUUUGCUGCUGAAUAUUUGAACUAUAAAAUGGGGUGUUACUGCAUUUACUUAAAGCAUUUUUAUUUACAUUUUUCCACAAUCUUUAGUACUCUGCUGUUAAAAGUAAAAAGCAACAUACGAAUUCAAAAUAAUAUGGAUUAUACAAAUUUUAGUAAUCCAUUACUUUCUUUUUCUAGGCUACUUAUGUCAACCACAUAUUAAAGCCUCUAUAUAUUCUCACUCUAUAUUUAUGAUGUAUUGCCUUUUAGUAUUUGAUUAUUGUGCAUCCAUGUUCCUGCUUUUUAUAUUCUAGUGGUGCAUUUAGUAUUUACUAAACAUUACUUACAUUAAUCGGUUACAUUAAUCAUAAUGUUAAUAUAACUUUUGUUGCUGCAGUUUCCCCACAGUGAUAAACAUUUUCAUCUUAUCUCCUAUUAAAUUUGCUGCUGUUGAUUUGUUGAAAACAUACAUGUGAUCGGCUUGUAAUUACAAACCAUGCCUCUGUCAUGUGCACAAGCUCAUUGCCGGACUAGUAAACUGUGCUUUGUGAGACGGGCCCCAGCUAUGGUAUAGUUGUUAUUUUUUUCCACUAGCAGAACAUGGUGAUGGCUGCCUGAUGUGUAACGGGCCAAAAAAAGACAAUACUCUUCAACUGCUUUUUGUAAAGUCAAACUAAGACGUAGUUCACUGCCACUCGAGUUGGUUUUAGCUCUCAAAAUGAGUGUACAGUGUUUAAACUUGAUAUGAUCACUAAUACUUGCCCAGAAUUACUGAGUUAUUUGAUAUAAUUUAAAGUGUAAACAUGUAUUGCAAUGAUUUUUUUUGUCUGAUAGCAUAAAAGAAAUCAUGAAUUUGAAAGAUGUGUCACUUAUGCAAUACGAUUCUUUGUAACAUUUGUAGGCCUGAAUGAAUGUGCAAUAACUUUAAAUGAAUUGAGAAUUUCUAAACCAAGAUGCAAUGAACAAGCGCUGUUUAGUCAUUUUAAGGCAUCCUGUAAAUGGUACAUUGAGGGUGUUUAAUUUUGUUCUUAAUAUAUCAAACUGUCAGACAAUGAUCUGUCCCAAUAUUGGAAGUGAAACUGUGCCUUAUUAUAAAAACUUAAACUCAAAAAAUCAGUUACACAUGCAGCCUAUGAACCGAACUGUUAAUAGUUUACUUUAAGUGUAUUUAUUAUGGUAUUUAUUACUGUAUGUCUUGCUCUGUUUUCCAAAAUGUUUGUUAAACAUCAUGAUGGAAUUGAAAAUGGACCUUCAACAAACUUGUAUCUAAAGGCAUGUUACUCUGUUGUCUGUGAUGAUUUUGGUUAUAAUCAUAACAAUUGUUAAAUAAUCCCGUAUUUUAUUUUCUGUUUAAUGUGUUAAUUAUUGUCCACUUGUCUUUAAAUAAUAUACACAUGUGCACAUCUGUAUGCAAGAAUCACAAUGAUGCCUUUUCACGGGAUAUGAAUUUACAAUUAUUGUCUCCUGCUCUUUUAGAGCUGUACUGUUUUCAUACAUAUGUAUAAAGUUAUUAAAGAAAAUAAAGACAUGUU